AUGGUAGAAGACCAAAAAUCAUCGUUUGAAAAGAGCUUUGUCGAUGAUAAUAUUCACGCUGCAAUACGUGAUGGUUUAACAUCGUUUCGUGAUGCAUUUCAUGUCACUUGUCGUUCAUCAGAUCAACCACAUAACCAGUGUGGUCAAUGUAAAGCAUGUAUUGUCGAUACUCAUAUUCAUGCAGCUAAAGAAUGGUGGCUACAAACAGGUGAUCUUAUGAAACGACGUUUUCUCCUUGCUUUAAUUAGUCGUCUUAAAGCAGAUAUACUCAAUCAUUUAUCGCAAAUUCUUAGACCAUUUGUCGAUGCAAAAGAUUAUACAUAUACAAGAAAUAAAUUUGAGACAAGUCGCCGGCCAUCAGCAGAUAAUUUAAAUAUGAUGGACGAUAGUGACCCAGUAAAAAGACAAGAGGAAGCCAUGAAACUUAUUGUAUGGUUUAAUCAUGAAGAUAAAUACUCUCAAGGUUCAUUUAUUUUGGCUGUACUUCAAUGGUGUGAAAGUUAUUUAAUUUUUACAAUAGCAUUGAAUAUAUUAUCUUUACAAGAUUUAGAUUCCGAAGAUGAAGAUCAUAAAAGCGAUCUCAAUAAUAAUAGCCGUUUAGGAAUUGCGUCUGUAUUAAGUAAUCCAUCAUCUCUAUCACUGAUACAACCUUCAAUGCCUAUUCUUAAACGACCAAAAACAACAACAUCUGCGUCAUCAAUGCGUCAAAAAAGUUCUGUAUCAUUUGCAUCUUCGACAGGAAAUCUUAUCGAUUCUGAUACGGAACAACCAGUAUCAGCGAAACGUCAUCCGAAAUACAAAGAUUAUAUAAGACAAUUACCGAUUUAUUUAGCUAAAUUAAUAUUAUGUAUGCUUGAUACAAAAUCACUUGAUAGAUGUAAACAUGUUUCGACUUAUUGGAAAAAGUUGGCUACAGAAGUUGAAGAUGAAGCAACAAUGACUAAAAUGCUCUACGAUGAUAUGAUGCUGUUGCAGAGUUCUGCUACUUUACAAUGUAAUCCGGUUUUUGCUCGUGAUACACUUGUGCCAGUUCCAGAUUUAUUUCGAAUAAAUGCAAACGAAAAGCCAUCACCGAGGAAAAGAGCUUUAACAGAUAAAAAUAUUUCAACGUGGAAUCAAAUUUAUGAAGUAAAUUCAAUUCCUACGCGUUUAGUCUUAAUGGAAGAGCGAAAUAUUUAUUGUGGACCUUACAAUGUACUCUUGCUUAAAGAUGAUCCGGAUCGUCGUCGUGUUGUACAUAUGAGUGGUGAAAAUAUUGUAGCUAUAACAUCACGUGAUGGCCGAGUUCGACUCAUUGAUAUGCAAUCAGCACAAGAACGACCCAUGGUUUUAGUUGGACAUGCUGCUUCUGUUCAUUGCAUUGUCGUACAGGAAGAGAAAAAACGUGUAUUUACGGGUAGUUAUGAUUUAACUGUUCGCUGUUGGAAUUUAGAAACAGGUCGUUGUAUUAAACUAUAUCAUGGACAUGAUCGUACAGUCACUUGUUUAGCUGUUUCAAUGGAUUUAAUUGCUGCUGGUGGCAAUGAUAAUCUUUGUUUGGUUUGGCGAUAUAAAUAUAAUCGACCGUGGAGAACAUAUAAACAUAAACAUCCUGUAUCAGCUGUGGCUAUUAGUGAUGAAACAACAUUAUCAGGUGACAUUCAAGGAAAAGUAAAAGUUUGGCAUAAUCCAACUGGAACACUGAUUAAAUCUGUUAAACAUCGUUUAGCAAUUACAAGUGUUAAACUUGAUAAAUGGCAUGUAGCAUCAUCGUCCCAUGAUUACUAUGCUAGUGUAUGGACAUCGCAAGGAGCAUUAAAUACACCUCUAUGUACAUUUCGUCAUCCGAAAGAAGUUUUGUGUAUGGAAUUUCUCUUUCUCCGGUUAUUAACUGGCUGUGGUGAUGGAAAGAUACGUAUUUGGAGUGUACUUAGUGGACUUUGUUUACGUGUUAUGCGUGGUAAUAGUGUGUCCGAUCCUGUCACUAGUCUAAUAGCAACAGCAAACAGAGUUCUUAUUAAUACAUUAAGUAGUUUGUUAUUAAUGAAUUUUGAAUCAAUUACAUACGAUUAUACGCUUGAAGAAGAUUCAGCACCAGCAGCUAUUGCUACUUCACCACCUUUAUUAUCAAUGUCAGUAAUCAAACGUAAACGUUCAAGUACGAAACAGAGAAAAAAAUUAGCAUUAAAAAUCAAUCAAAACAAUGAAAAAGUAGAAGAAAAACCAAAAGAAGUGAAAGUUUUAUUUGACAACGAAAAUAUUGGACUCGAUCUAACGUUAGAAGAAACCAAACAAUUAUUAAAACGACAAAUGCGUGGUGGCGCUGAUGAAAAGAGAAAAUUAUUACCAGAAGAAUUCCGUAUUAUUCAACAAUCUCCAUUUUAUAGAGCAGAUAAAAGUAAAGACGAUACCGUUUAUUCUGAACAUCGCCCAAUUCCAUUGAAACUGGCUGAUCGUCCACCUUCAUCACCAAGUCGGUUCGAUUUAAAAACACGAAUAUUUCGUUCACAAUCUCAAUAUCACAUGCGUUCAGCACAAGAAGUAACUCCUACACGUCCAAGAUCUCCAGUCAGCAUGUUUGAAAUAGUUCAUCGGCCACCAUCACAAAUCAAUAGUCGAUUGAAUAGACAAACUUCAGAGUUAUCAUCAACUUUUAAAUCGCCUUCUUUAAAAGAAGACAAUAAUUCACAGCAACAACAAAUCAAUCAACCGAAGCCACCAAGACCACAAACAGUUCCAACAACCUAUGAAGUUAAACGUGGUGGUAAAAUUUAUAAAGUUGUCGUUGGUUAUGUCAGUCCAUUUACAAGUCCAUUACAACGACAGGAAUUACAUUUAAAAACCGAUGGAGAAGUUGAUUUAGUCAUUCAAAAAAUAAAACAACAACAAGAACAACAACGAUUAAGUAAGCCGCAUGUAUGGCUCGGAUUACCACCUACAUCAACAUUAAAAUAA